AUGGCGAAGAACAUUCCUGGACUCAGGGGGUGGUUUUUUGUGCAGCCUGGUGAGCACAAAUGGAAGCCCAAUGGUAUCUUGGGUCUUUUGUGCCGGCUGCACUUCCCCGGGCUCGUGAUGCAUGCCGGGGUGCUGGAGCCGGCAUACACGUGGGACCACUACAUGGCUAGCCCGGACGCUACUGAUCGCGAAGGAAGGAACUUCACCACCAAAGCGAGGCGGGUGGUCGAGGAGUUGUGGGAUUUCUACAGGUGCGAGGAAGGCUAUGAGGCCCGGGCGAACGAGCUGGCUCACCAGGCUUGCUACAAGCUGGUGAAGGACAUGCACUACGAGGCGUGUGUCCAGGCCGUCGUUGUGUACUGUGCCGAGUUCGAGAAGAGGAGUGUCAAGAAACUAGCCGCAAGGGACAUCUUCCUCACGCGAGACCAGUACUUAAAUGCCAUCUCUACUCAUUUAUCUUGUAUUUGA